CGUGAGUGUACUGAAGGGAUGUGAUACAAGAUUUCCCAUUAUUGCAAAGAUAAGCGCGGAAAUAAAUGCCGUACAUCACUGCCAUCAGUAUGAUGAUUCCAGCAAUUAAAACUGCCAUACAAAUUUUUUUUCGAAUUUUUCCCAAGAUCAAAUCAAUUGCUACAUCAAGAUAUUUUUGGUUAAUGCAAACAUAUAAACAUCAAGGAUUUUUCCGUCAUCCAUCAUCCGAAAAAGAAACAAUUAAAUGUCCAGAUUCUACCACUUGUCGUAAAUUUAAUAAAAUAGGGAAGAUUAAGAAGAAAAAGACUCCACGGAUGAAAAUAAAUGUAGAAGAAGAAGUGGAUAAUCCAGAUUGUCCAUGGUGCAGAAAAAAAUAAAUACUACCAAGUGACAAAUAUUUUCUAUUUUUUAUUUUUAAUUUCAUACAAAUUCAGUAGUUUGCCAAAAUAUAUUCACAUGCACACCAGUUCAUCACACUUUUUACUUAAUAAAAAAGAUAUAAUUAAUAAUGCUAAAUACCUAUUUCAUAAAAUAAAAAUUUAGAUAAAAUACAAUAUAUACAUAGAACAUUA